AUGGUCUCAACGCCCAAGCCCGCCUCCAAGGACAACUCCAACCCGGCUCUCACCCAACGCGGCAAGUUCCCCACGCCUCAAUCCCUCGACAAACUCACCAAGCCCUUCAAAUGCCCCGGCUCCGCGAACCGCACCGUAGCCGUCGACCGGCCGGCCCGAAAGCGCAGAAAGAUCGACUAUAAAGGCGCCGGCGGCGACAAUGACGACGAAGACGGCGCGGACAAGCCGUACACCAACGCGGACCGGCUCGCCCUCGCCAACCGCGACGCGAACAAGUUCCCCGUGUUCCAGCCAAAAGACAAGAGCCAGGUUUUCCGAAAAGCCUUUUCCGUGCCCCUCAUCAACAAGAACACGACCGCUUACAACCCCAACCGACCGCCGCCUACGCUGGGCCUGAGGCAGGGCGCCGUAUUUGUGGCCAAGCCGCUACAUGACCCCUGCGACGACCUCGCUAUUGUGUUGUACGAUCCGACGGUGGACGAUAAGCCUAAGGAGCCGAAAGCCAUUGAAGAGAAGCAGAAAGAACCAGAAGUGAAGGUCGACGCGCCGCUGGUGCAUAAGAGUCUGGCGGAGAUUCUGGGCAUCAAGAAAAAGGUCGAGGGCGAACACCCGCGCGUUCCGGUAGUGAUCGAUCCCCGCCUGGCCAAGGUUCUGCGACCGCAUCAGAUCGAGGGCGUGCGGUUCAUGUACCGGUGCGUAACGGGCAUGAUCGACGAGAAGGCCAACGGGUGCAUCAUGGCCGACGAGAUGGGUCUGGGAAAGACGCUGCAGUGCAUCACGCUGCUGUGGACGCUGUUGAAGCAGUCGCCGGACGCGGGGAAGUCGACGAUCCAGAAGGCGAUUGUGGCGUGUCCGAGCAGUUUGGUCAGGAAUUGGGCGAAUGAGCUGGUCAAGUGGUUGGGCGCGGACGCGAUCACGCCUUUUGCCAUUGAUGGAAAGGCGUCGAAGGAGGAGUUGACCAGGCAGCUGAGGCAGUGGGCGAUUGCGAGUGGACGGUCGGUGACGAGGCCGGUGAUUAUUGUCUCGUACGAGACGCUGAGGCUUAAUGCGGACGAGCUUAAGGGGACUCCCAUCGGGCUGAUGCUUUGCGACGAGGGUCAUCGGUUGAAGAACGGAGACAGUCAGACGUUCAGUGCUUUGAACAGCCUGAACGUGUCGAGGAGGGUGAUUCUGUCUGGUACACCCAUUCAGAACGACCUGUCGGAGUACUUUGCUCUGAUCAGCUUUGCUAACCCGGAUCUACUCGGUACUCGUCUCGAGUUCCGCAAACGGUUCGAAAUUCCGAUUUUGCGCGGCCGCGAUGCCGAUGCCUCGGAAGCUGAGCGGAAGCGUGGUGACGAGUGCCUGGCUGAACUUCUUGCCGUCGUCAACAAGUUCAUCAUUCGCCGCACCAACGACAUUCUCUCCAAGUACCUCCCGGUGAAGUACGAGCACGUUGUGUUCUGCAACCUCGCUCCCUUCCAGCUCGACUUGUACAACUACUUUGUCGCCUCUCCCGACAUCCAAGCUCUCCUGCGCGGCAAGGGCUCUCAACCUCUCAAGGCCAUCAACAUGCUCAAAAAGCUUUGCAACCAUCCCGACUUGCUCGAUCUGUCGGCCGAUCUGCCCGGCUGCGAGCAGUACUGGCCAGACGACUACGUACCCAAGGAAGCGCGCGGUCGCGACCGUGAUGUCAAGCCCUGGUACUCCGGCAAGAUGCAAGUGCUGGACCGCAUGCUGGCCCGCAUCCGUGCCGACACCAACGACAAGAUCGUGCUCAUUAGCAACUACACCCAGACCUUGGACCUGUUCGAGCGUCUCUGCCGCAACCGGCAAUACGGCUGUCUGCGUCUCGACGGCACCAUGAACGUCAACAAGCGCCAAAAGCUCGUCGACAAGUUCAACGAUCCCGAAGGCGAGGAAUUCGUAUUUCUGCUCUCCUCCAAAGCCGGCGGGUGCGGCCUCAACCUGAUCGGCGCCAACCGACUUGUCCUCUUCGACCCGGACUGGAACCCGGCCGCCGAUCAGCAGGCUUUGGCGCGCGUGUGGCGCGACGGCCAGAAGAAGGAUUGUUUCGUCUACCGCUUCAUCGCCACGGGCACCAUCGAAGAGAAAAUAUUCCAGAGACAGAGUCACAAGCAAUCCCUGUCAUCGUGCGUCGUCGACAGCGCCGAGGAUGUGGAGCGCCACUUCUCGCUCGACUCGCUAAGGGAACUGUUUACUUAUCGUGGGGGCACCAAGAGCGAUACCCAUGACACGUUCAAGUGUAAGCGGUGCAAGCCGGACGGGAGACAGUAUAUCAAGGCGCAGGCGAUGUUGUAUGGUGAUACCAGCACGUGGAAUCACUUUGUUAAUCAUUAUGAGGGCGAGGGAAGCAAGAAUGGAAAGGAUCCGAAUGGUGGCAGUGGUGGGUUGAAGGGUAUUCAUGAUCAUUUGUUGAGGCAGGAGGUGGGGGAGAGGGAUGUUAGUGCUGUGUUUCAGUAUAUUUCUCAUUGA